UGUGGGUGUGUGGCAGACACUCGAACCCAAAUGCGGGGGGUUUCUGCUGAGCAUUCUAGUCUGGCAAUCGGCCGCAUCGGUUCGUUGUCGCUGCGAUCUCACACCGAUUAGAUCCUGUACAUUUCGGGCAUGAGGGAAUCGUGCAAGAUCCUCAAGUGCAAGAUCCGCUGAUUAAGUAAACGAAGCAACACACCCGCCAUGGCUGAAGUCGAGGCCCGCACUGUGCUGUGGUACAUGACGUUCAUGGGCUUCAUUGUGAACUACAUGAUACGCAUCAAUCUGAACAUCACCAUUGUGGACAUGAUUGCCGGCAAAGGUGAGGCGCCAGUGCCCCUCAAUCAGUCCCUCGAUCAUCUGCUGGUGGCUGCCUCCAAUGCAUCGGACUUUGCCUCUCUUCCGGCUGUCAGCGAGAGGUUCACACUGGAGCGUUGGUUUCUUGAUUGGGCUAAUAUCGGGUACGAUCGCGAGGGCUUCCACUGGAACGAGAAGCAGCAAGGCGCUCUGUUGGGCUCCUUCUUCUGGGCACACUGGACGCUGCAGAUACCCGGCGGCAUCCUGGCCACCAAAUACGGCACCAAACUGAUCUUUGGCUGGUCAAAUGGCAUCGGCGUCUUCUGCUGCUUCCUCAUACCGAUUGUCUCCUACUGGAGCUACACGGGACUCAUUUGUCUGCGCGUCUUCCAGGGCUGGAUAACUGGCUUGGCCUGGCCAUCGAUGCAUGUCCUGACCGCCAAAUGGAUACCGCCCAAUGAGCGUAGCAAAUUCGUCAGCGCCUACCUGGGCAGCUCGGUGGGUGUGGCGCUGUUUUAUCCCAUCUUUGGGUACAUCAUCGACUGGACCAGCUGGGAGUGGGUCUACUACAUCUGCGGCGUUGUGGGCACCGUUUGGUUCAUUGCCUGGCAGUUUCUCGUCUACGACACACCCGCCCAGCAUCCCCGCAUCGCGGAUACGGAGCUCCGCUACAUCGAAAAGUCACUGGGCGCCUCGGUGCAGAACAGCAGUCCGGGUCCAACGCCCUGGUUGGCCAUUGCCACAUCGCGGCCCGUCUGGCUGAAUGUGGUGGCCCAGUGGGGCGGCAUUUGGGGUCUGUUCACCCUGAUGACGCAUGCCCCGACAUACUUCAGGUUGAUCCAUCACUGGAACAUACGAGCGACGGGCUUCCUGUCCGGCCUGCCGCACCUGAUGCGAAUGCUCUUCGCCUACGGCUUCUCCAUUCUGGCCGACUAUCUGCUGCGCACGGAUCGCCUGAGUCGCACCAAUGUCCGCAAGCUGGCGACCUUUAUCUGCUGUGGUGUCAAGGGUCUGGUGGUGCUGGCGUUGGCCUACUUUGGCUACAAUGCAACGGCGGCGAUUCUGCUGGUUACCCUGGCCACCAUGUUCCAUGGCGCAGUGUCCUCCGGGCCAUUGGCCUCGAUGGUGGAUCUCUCACCCAACUAUGCGGGCAUUGUCCUGGGUGUGAGUGGCAUGAUUGGCGGCAUGCCAGGCUUCAUUUCACCACUGAUUGUGGGUCAUCUGACUCAAGGCAAUCAAAAUAUUGAAGCCUGGAAGAAGGUGUUUCUGCUGAGUUCCGCCAUGCUGACUGGCAGUGGCAUUCUGUACGUCCUGUUCUCGGAGUCCACGCUGCAGCCUUGGAACAGUGGCUGCCACGCGCUGCCCGAUGCUGGACUCAAGGAGCUGCAGACCUUUGAGGCGAGGCUGGAGGAUGAGGAGGAAAAGAAGCCACUCAACAAAUCGAAUGCCGAUCAUGUGGAGACGGACACAGAGUUGGAGACCAAAACAAAAGCCAUUUAGCUCGGGCACGUCACUCAUCUUUAUGAUCCGGUCCAGUCCGUCGACGCCUGAUAUGGGCUUAUCGCUGUGCGAAUUGGGGGAAAUAUUUGCGCAUGGAUUUGUGGCGAGUUUAGGUGUCUCCAACCUCCAGCUUUAAGCAAACUCGUAAUAAUAAUAACACACAUCACAUACUCGUACAUAACAAAUGUAUGUACAUAGUCGUAAGAUUAGUUCUUCCUACAACCCACACCCAAACGUGUGUGUCUGUCUGUCCAGUGUUUGUGUGGUGUAGCGUCGCUCGUAGUCAAAUACACAAAAUGGGAAAAGAUUUA